UAGCAUGUUGCCACGCUUACACCAUCGUACGAGAUCGUCCGCUGCUGAACGCUUGUUGCGACACAUUUUUCAUAUUUUGCGUGAAAAAUUUUUUUUCGUUUAGACAACUGAUAACUUUCAAAAACCCGCAACCAACUGAAAUAUUCCCAGAAGCGUGCUGCGAUAAAAUUGUGUAGGGCGGCAACGCCACCUACCUCUGCAAACGAAAGUUUUUGUUCAAAAUUGUUAUUGUUGUUAAUCUGUGACUGUUCCGCGAAUGCAUUUUUCGUUUUAUCUCUCGCGCGAUUGUUUAUCGGGAGAUGGUCGUUAUCGCCCGGUUAAAAGCGCGAGAGUACCAUUAUUUUUUAAUCAGAAAACGUGAUAGUUAACCCAGGAAGUUGAUGCGUUUGAAGUAAAAUAUUCAGUUAGCCACAGGUUUGAAGGUUAAGAAAAAUGAGGUGUCAGUUGUGCAAUUUUCGACCGGAAGACGACGAAUUCGACGAAUUCCAUAAGGGCUCUGCCGAACACCGGUUUAACUGGGCUCUGUACCUAUUUAACAAUAAACGGGAAACAAUAUGCAAAAAUCGUAGGGGAGUCACGGUAAGGGUGAUGUUCGCGAGUAGCAACAGUUACGGCUUUUCGGGAGAGUUUGAUAAGCAAGGGAGGUACAGUCUUGGUCUUAGUCCAGAGAUGAUGCGCGAUCAGAAUAAUCACCUCCAAUUCGAAUGCCUCAUUGAGAAUAGCGAGAAACACGGGCCGGUCAUCAUCACGUACGCGGGAAUUCUUUAUCCUCACUCGGCAAUGUCCAUGAAAGAUCCUCCGAACAAUUUUUUGGAUAAUCGCAAAUUCGUUCAACUUAAUCCCGGAGCGAAGUACAAAAUCAUGGUGAUGCUCAACUUGGAGGACACAAUUAUUAGUAACUUUAAAAUACCGAUUUACUUCGCGUUCCAGACGGAGGGGAAAGAAACCUUUGGGAUCGCGAGAUCUAUAGUGGUAGGCGUGUACGACUCAGUCGAGACACCCAACCAGGAGAUGAAGAAGAGCCCGUUCACGCGAAAACCGUGGGAAAAUGAUGUCCAAGUGGUGCCUUGCGGAAAUCAAAGAGGCGCCUUUGAAGGAAUCUUUGAGAUACCAGCCGAGUACUCCAAAGCGUUGAAGUAUGGCCUCGACAAGCGCUACACUCAAUACGACGUCUUGCAGCAAAUAAGGCGCAAAAUGCAUCCAGACCAUUUAACGAAAGAGAACUACGCCGAUUUCUUGUCGAUUUUAUUGUGGCUGGACGAGGUUGCCUGCACCAUCGGGCUCAGCUGUUACAACAUGGAGAAUGUCAAUCUGGAAUACGUGGAUCCCGAUAAGUUGAAGCUCGAAGUGCCAGGAUUGGCGGAGAAGAGGCCGUCGGUGAUCGUUGGCGACACGAUCGAGAUCCGCAUCCACAAAGACCACACCGCGUACCAGGGCGUCAUCACCAUGGUGGCAGAUAAUUACGUGCUGAUCGGCGACGUCAACGACAUAUGCUUGAAUCACGUGCGAAACUUUCCCGACAUCGAAAUGGACGUUCGGUUCGUAUUGGGUCGCAUAAACUACGAGCGCAUGCAUCAGGGCGUACGCCAGGUAGUCCUCAACAACUACGUGCGCCACCUGUUCCCUGACAACUCCUUGGCGACUGCGCGACGACGUUCGAUCGCUCAGGAUAUCGAGAUAUCGCGAAACGAGUUCUACAACCGGGACGUGUACAUCAACGAGGAGCAGAGGACGGCGGUGCUGAAAAUCGUCAACAACUCGUCCAGGGGCGCGCCGUACAUCGUGUACGGCCCCCCCGGCACCGGCAAGACCAUGACCCUGAUCGAAGCGAUAAUGCAGCUGAAACGGACGUCGACCAAACGGAUCCUGGUGUGCGCACCCGCAAACGCGGCCUGCAAUAUGCUCGCCGAGAAGCUGAUCGAGUACGACUGCACCGAGAAAGAGCUCAAGAGGGUCAUGUCCAAGACCGCGGAGCUAAAAUCGCUCCAUCCGGCUUUGGUGCCGUAUUCGAACGUCCUGCUGAACGAAGACGGCGACGCCGACGUCCUGCCGGUGACGGCGGAGGAGCUUACGCGCUAUCGCGUCGUCGUGAUGACGUUGAUCCGCGCGGGCAUGUACACGAGGCAGUACCAUCCGGACGUGGUGUUUAUUGACGAAGCCGCGCAGCCUAGCGAGGCGGAGGUCUGCUGCGCGAUCGGGCUACUGCUCGACUCGAAGCAGCUCGUGUUGGGCGGCGACCCCAAGCAGCUCGGCCCCGUAAGCAAUUCCAAGGUGUGCCAAAAAUUCGGCUACGACCAAUCGAUCGUCGAACGGCUGAUGGCGCGGCCGCCGUACAAGUCCAAGAACGCCGACUUUAUCACCAUGCUGAAGCUGAGUUACCGCUCGCACCCGACCAUCCUGCGGCUACCCAACGAGAUGUUUUACGAAGGGCUGCUGAAGACGGUGUCGGUGUUGGCGGGGAAUGACCCCGUGGCGCGCAUUUUCUUGUACCCGCUAGCGACCAACAAUGCGAAGCGGCGGAAACGCGACUGCGUCGACGCUGCCAUCGAGUUUUGCUCGGUGGUGGCGAAGGAGAGGCGCGAGGGUCGCUCGCCCAGCUACUACAACGACCGCGAAUUGCAGAUGGUGGUGCGGUACGUGCGCGCGCUCGUCGCCUUGCCCGGGGCUGAUGUCAAACCGUCCGAGAUCGGGGUCAUCACACCGUACAUACGGCAGGUGUACAAGAUACUCGACGCCCUUAAGCGCGACUUCUCCCAAGUGGAGGUCGGCACCACGGAGGCGUUCCAGGGGCGCGAGAAACGGGUCAUCGUGUUGUCGACGGUGAGAUCGCAGGAGGACCUGCUGCUCUACGACAGCAAGUACAAGCUGGGUUUCGUCAAAAACGAAAAGCGGUUCAACGUGGCGAUCACCAGGGCCAAGUCGAAGCUGAUCGUGGUCGGGAACCCGAUGGUGCUCGCGACCGACGACAAGUGGCUGCGGCUGAUCGACGCGUGCCAAAACUUGGGCACGUACGGGGGCGCGCCCUUCGUGCGACGCACCGAAGAGGUGCGCGACGACAUCGUAUCCAGAAUCGACAAACUGCAUCUGGAAAAGGACCGCAAGCACCGCCACUGAGUUCCGGGAACCCCAAGUUACCGUUUAUGUUCGUUCCAUAUUUUUAUGGCGAUCGCUAUAUGGAACUUGGGCAUUUUAUAAUUAUUUUUUAUGUAAUUGCGCGGUCACCGAUUUUUUAAAAUAUACGUUUGUUUUAAAUU